AUGGCUCUCAUCGCCAAUGGGGUCACCAAACGGGAUAGGAUAGCAUUUUCCGGUCAAAACUCUAUUCAACAGUCAAUCCUACGGUUUUCAGCUAAACUAUUGGGCCUAACAUUUAUGCCAUUGAGUCCUACAUUCAAGAGCUACGAAGUUCAUGAAGAGGUGCUGAGCGCCGGUACUAACAUUAUAGUCACAACCAAUCAAGACUAUCAUAAGUUUGAACAUGUUUUUGACGCUAACAACAACACCAGUAACACCAGGAAUCCCGUAAAACUUGUUGUCGUAUUUGAUGGCGAACUACAACAACAACACCAGGAUAUCAAACAUACAACAUAUGGACAGUUGUUAGUCGAGGGUAGUCGUAGUGGUCAACAAUUACCGCAAAUACCCUACUUUGAGGUCAAUCCUGAUACGGAUCCAUUGAUUCUGAUACAUACGUCGGGUAGUAGUGGCCGACCCAAGUGUGCAAUGAUACCGCACCGUAUGUUCAUUGGUGCGGCACAGGAGAUAACAUUUUCCAUGUCCUCAAUUAACAACAACACGUCCAAAAACAAGCAAACUGUAUGCGCAAUGCUCUAUCCGUUCGGUCAUAUAUCGGGUACAGUAUAUAUACCGUUGUUAAUGAUAUCGGGCGCACAGUUAGUCAUAAUCGGCGAGUUUGAUGACGAUCUACUGUUCAAGUCUAUUGAAAGAUAUCGGAUCCAAAUACUGUCGUUGUUUUCCAAUUUUGGCCGAAGUCUGAUUGACGGCAAUUUGGCCGAAAAUUAUGAUCUGUCGAGUCUGCAGCUGAUGAUUACCGGUGGGGCCGCCUUUCCCGGUCAUAUUGCCCAACAAAUUAUCGAAAAAUAUGGUAUCAAAUUCAUUGAAAAAUACGCUAUGACUGAGUAUUUUUGGGUAACCAUUGGCAAUGCAUUUGACAACAGUAAUGAUGAGUUUGUUUCGGGUAAUGCGGGUCAAGUGGCACCGGGAUGUCAGCUCAAGAUUAUCGAUUUGUCUACCGGUCAGGCAUUGGGUGCUAAUCAAGACGGCGAGAUAUGUAUUAGAGGUAACAAACUGUUUAUGGGUUAUUUGGAUAGCAAUGAUCGGUUAGACAGUGUAGUCAUCGAUGAGGACGGUUGGUAUAGGACUGGCGAUAUCGGUCACUAUGACGACAGGGAACGGCUAUUCAUAACGGAUCGGCUGAGAGAAGUGAUGCACAUUUUUAUUGACAAUCACUAUAAGAAUGUCAGUCCCGUCGAAAUCGAGAUGUUUGUGUUGACCCAUCCGGCCGUUAGUGAGGUAGCCAUUGUCGGUGUCAACAAUUCAGCCGAUAAUCAUUGGCCACGAGCUUAUGUAGUCAUCAAACAGGGACAUACAGUUACCGCUAAUGAUAUUAUAGAUUUUGUCGCAGGGUCAGAAGAUCUCGUGGUCCACGCAAACAAUAUGCGACAAUUGUGGUUCACACGAAUGGUUGACAAAUCGUGUAAUAUUUCCAUAUCGAGAAGAGUCUACAACUUAUGUUUAUACGCCGUCAUCGGAAUGUAA